AUGGAAAAAUGGAUCGGCAAAACGGCAGUUGUUACAGGCGCAAGUGCGGGAAUAGGCGCUUCCAUUUUGUGUUCUUUAGCUGAUCAUGGCAUCAACGUCAUUGGACUGGCUCGUCGCAAAACUCCCAUUGAAGCUUUGGCGAAACAAAAUGCUGGAAAGGGUAAAAUUCUCGCCUUAUCUUGCGAUGUCAGCGAUCCCAAAUCCAUCGAAGCAGUUUUUCGUUACAUCGAGCGAAAUAUCGGUCCGAUCCACAUUUGGAUCAACAACGCUGGCAUUUGGCGUGCCUCAAAGCUAACGAAUGAAGCACUUCGAGAUGACGAAGUAAUUGCAACAAUUAACACAAAUCUCACUGGUUUGGUGCUGUGUAGUCGAAAAGCGGUGAGACUCAUGGAGAAAAACGACGAGCCGGGAUAUCUCAUUAACAUUAACAGUGUCGCUGGGAUGUUAAGUGCAUCAAAUACUCUUGCGGAAAUGGGAACUAAUGUUUAUGCUGGAACAAAACAUGCAGCUGCGAAUAUCACGGAGAUCUUGAGAAUUGAGCUUGCUGCAAAGUCUCAUAAUAAGAUACGAGUUUCGAAUAUUAGUCCCGGAAUUGUUUACACGGAUAUUUUUAUCAAAGCAGGAAUGUCGAAAGAAUUGAGAGAUAAACUUGUUGGAUUGAAACCUGAAGACAUCGCUGACUCAGUAAUUUAUUUACUCAGCACUCCGUUAUCUGUUAAUGUGAGUGAAUUGACAAUUCGUCCCUCGAAAUCUGUUUAUUAG